AUGCAAAUAGCACUUUUCACUUGCUUCUUUCUGGGCCUUUUCAAUUUCUGUUCUAGUGCCACCAGAAGAUACUACUUGGGUGCAGUGGAACUGUCCUGGAACUAUAUGCAGAGUGACCUGCUCAAUGUGCUGCAUACAGAAUCAAGAUUUCUUCCUAGAAUACCAACAUCUUUUCCAUUCAACACUUCCAUCAUGUACAAAAAGACUGUGUUUGUAGAGUACACGGACCACCUUUUCAACAUUGCCAAGCCCAGGCCACCCUGGAUGGGUCUACUGGGUCCUACCAUUUGGACUGAGGUUCAUGACACUGUGGUCAUUACAGUUAAAAACAUGGCUUCUCAUCCUGUCAGUCUUCAUGCUGUUGGUGUUUCCUAUUGGAAAGCUUCUGAGGGAGAUGAAUAUAAAGAUCAUACAAGCCAAAUGGAGAAGGAAGAUGAUAAAGUUUUUCCUGGUGAAAGUUAUACCUAUGUUUGGGAGGUCCUGAAAGAGAAUGGUCCAAUGGCUUCAGACCCUCCAUGUCUCACCUAUGCAUAUCUGUCUCAUGUGGAUCUGGUGAGAGAUUUGAAUUCAGGCCUCAUUGGAGCUCUGCUAGUAUGUAAAGAAGGCAGUCUGUCCAAAGAAAGAACACAGACGUUGUACCACUUUGUACUACUUUUUGCUGUAUUCGAUGAAGGGAAGAGCUGGCACUCAGAAAUAAAGGACUCCUUUACACAGUCUAUGGAUUCUGCAUCUUCAAGAGACUGGCCUAAAAUGCACACAGUCAAUGGCUAUGUAAACAGGUCUCUGCCAGGUCUGAUUGGAUGCCAUAGAAAAUCAGUCUACUGGCAUGUGAUUGGAAUGGGCACCACCCCCGAAGUACACUCAAUAUUCCUCGAAGGUCACACAUUUCUUGUGAGGAACCACCGUCAGGCUUCCUUGGAGAUUUCACCAAUAACUUUCCUUACUGCUCAAACACUUUUGACAGAUCUUGGACAGUUCCUCCUAUUUUGUCAUAUCUCUUCCCAUAAGCAUGAUGGCAUGGAAGCUUAUGUCAAAGUAGAUAGCUGCCCUGAGGAAACCCAAUGGCAAAAGAAAAAUAAUGAGGAAAUAGAAGAUUAUGAUGAUGAUGAUCUUGAUUCAGAAAUGGACGUGUUCACAUUGGAUAAUGACAGCUCUCCUUUUAUCCAAAUUCGCUCUGUUGCCAAGAAGUACCCUAAAACUUGGAUACAUUAUAUUUCUGCUGAGGAGGAAGACUGGGACUAUGCUCCUUCAGUUCUCAUCUUGGAUGAUGGAAGUUAUAAAAGCCAGUAUCUGAGCAAUGGUCCUCAUCGAAUUGGUAGGAAAUAUAAAAAAGUCAGAUUUAUAGCAUAUACAGAUGAAACCUUCAAGACUCGUGAAACUAUCCAGCAUGAAUCAGGAAUCUUGGGACCUUUACUUUAUGGAGAAGUUGGAGACACACUGAUAAUUAUAUUUAAGAAUCAAGCAAGCCAACCAUAUAACAUUUACCCUCAUGGAAUCACUGAUGUCAGUCCUCUACAUGCAAGGAAAUUGCCAAAAGGUGUAAAACAUUUGAAAGAUUUGCCAAUUCAUCCAGGAGAAAUAUUCAAGUAUAAAUGGACAGUUACUGAAGAAGAUGGACCAACUAAAUCAGACCCACGGUGCCUGACCCGCUAUUAUUCAAGUUUCAUUAAUCCUGAGAGGGAUCUAGCUUCAGGACUCAUUGGCCCUCUUCUUAUCUGCUACAAAGAAUCUGUAGAUCAAAGGGGAAACCAGAUGAUGUCAGACAAGAGAAAUGUCAUCCUGUUUUCUCUGUUUGAUGAGAACAAAAGCUGGUACAUCACAGAGAACAUGCAACGCUUCCUCCCCAAUGCAACUGAUACACAGCCUCAGGACCCUGGAUUCCAGGCCUCCAACAUCAUGUACAGCAUCAAUGGCUAUGCUUUUGAUAGCUUGCAGUUUACAGUUUGUUUGCAUGAGGUGGCCUACUGGUACAUUCUCAGUGUUGGAGCACAGACAGACUUCUUAUCUGUCUUCUUCUCUGGAUAUACUUUCAAACACAAAAUGGUCUAUGAAGAUACGCUUAUCCUGUUUCCAUUCUCAGGAGAAACUGUAUUUAUGUCGAUGGAAAAUCCUGGUGUAUUUGUCUUAGGGUGUCAUAAUUCAGACUUUCGCAAGAGAGGUAUGACAGCCUUGCUGAAGGUUACUAGUUGUGAUGAGAGCACUAAUGAUUAUUAUGAAGAAAUAUAUGAAGAUAUUCCAACACAGUUGGUGAAUGACAAUAAUGUCAUUGAACCCAGAAGCUUCUUCCAGAAUUUAAAUCAUCUUAACACUAGGCAAAAGAAAUUUGAAACCACCACAAUUCCAGAAAAUGAUACAGAGAAGAUUGAGCCUCAGUUUGGAGAGAUCUCAGAGAUGCUUAAAGUACAAAGUGUCUCCUUUAGUGACUUGUUGAUGCUCUUCGGACAGAGUCAUCCUACUCCACGUGGCUUAUCCUUAUCAGAUAGCCAAGAAGCUAUCUAUGAGGCUAUUCAUGAUGAUCAUUCACCUGAUGCAAUAGACUUCAGUGAAAGCCCAUCUAAAGUGCCCCAACUCAGGCUAGAACACCAUCACAGUGGGAAAAUAGUAUCUACUCCUGAGCCAAGCCUCCAGGUAAGAUCAAAUAAGAAUGUGAAGGCAACUAUAAAAGUAAAGUGGAAGAAACCUGAUUUGCAAGUUUCUAAUUUACCAAAUAAUCUAAUGACCACAGCAAUUCCGUCAGACAAUUUGACAGCUGUUUCUGAAAAGACAGUUUCUUCGGGAUCUGUACAUUUGCCAGUUCACUUUAGUAGUAUAUUAAGCACCACUGCAUUUGGUAAAAAAACACAUCCCCUUAUUGGGUCUCGUGUACCUCUGAACAUUAGUAAAGGAAAUAGUGAUUCCAGCUUAUUGGAGAUAGCUUUACUGAAUAAUCAAGAAAGCUCACCAGGAGAUAAUAUAUCAUCAGUGGAGAAUGACAGAUUACUCAAAGAGAAGAGGUUUCAUGUAAUAGCUUUGUUGGCUAAAGACAAUACUUUAUUAAAAGAUAGUAUCUCUUUGAUGAAAACAAAUAAGACAUAUAAUCAUUCAACAACUGAUGGAAAAGCUCACACUUACAGCCCAACAUCAAUUGAGAAUAGUACAGCAGUCUUGCAAGAUACUGUAGUAAAAAUCAAUAGUGAGAUUCAAGAAGUAAUGUUUUUGAUUCAUGAUGGAACACUUUUAGGCAAAAAUACUACAUAUUUGAGACCUAACCACAUGCUAAAUAAAACUACCUCAUCAAAAAAUAGAGAAAUAUUUCAUCAAAAAGAUGAUGAUGUUGUUCCACAAGAUGCAGAAAAUACAAUCACACCAUUUUUCAAGAUGCUGUUCUUGCCAGAAUCAGAAGAUUGGAUUAAAAAGGCCAAUGGAAAUAACUUCUUGAGCUCUGAGCCAGGGCAUAGUCCAAAGCAAUUACUAUAUUUAAUGUUAGAAACAUCUGUGAAAAAUCAGAAUUUCUUGUCAAAGAAGAAUAAAGUGAUAGUAGAACAGGAUGGAUUUACAAAGGACACAAGACUCAAAUACAUGUUUUUUCCAAGCAACAUGAGCAUCUUUCUUACCACCUUGGCAAAUGUACAAGAAAAUUAUAUGCAUAAUCAAGAAAAAAGUACUCAGGAAAAGACACAGAAGGAAGCUUCAAUUGAAGAGAAAGUUUUGCCUCAAGUGCACAUAGCAGCUGGCUCUAAGAAUUUUCUGAAAGUCAUUUUCUUAUUAGGCAGUAGGCAAAAUAUAAGUUUAGAUGAAGAAACAUAUGCACCAAUACUUCAAGACAUCAGGUCAGUAAACAGUUCAACAGAUACAGUACAGAUUCACAUGGCCCAUUUCUUUAAAAGAGGGGAUGACAAGGAAACAAAUUCAGAAAGCUUGGUAAAAAAACCCAGUGAAAUGGUGAAGAACUAUCCAAGCCAGAAGAAUAUUACUACUGAACGUAGUAAACGGGCUUUGGGACAAUUCAGACUGCCAUUAGAAGAACAAGAGCUUGAAAAGGGACAAAUUGUAAAUAAUGCCUCAAUUCAAUGGCCUCAACCCACAAACUAUUUGACACAGAGUAUCAUUAAACAGAUAUACCACAGUAACGAAAGGAAAAAGUCUAGUAUUCAGUCUUCCUUAUCAGAUUCUUCUGUGAUUAAAAGCACUGAUCAGAAAAAUAGUUCUGGAUCACACAUUGUAAGAACAUUAGCAUUUCCACCAACAGAUAUCAAGAGGAUUCCAUUCCAAGAUAAUAUUUUUCAUGUUCUAGUGUCAUCCUACACUUAUGACUUUAAGACAAAAAGUUCUAGAAUUCAAGAAAGCAAUCAUUUCUUAAAAGAAACCAAAAGAAAUAACUCUUCUUUAGCCAUUCAGCCAUGGGAGAUGGCUGAAGAUCAAGGAAAAUUUGCCUCCCCAACGACAAAUAACACAAACUCAGUCACAUAUAAGAAACUUGAGGACAUUGUUCUCUUGAAACCAGUCUUGUCUGAAGAAGCUAGCAAAGUUGAAUUGCUUCCUCAAGUUUCCAUUCAUGAGGAAGGACCUUUACUUACAGAAACUAACCAUGAAUUUCCUGGACACCUGAAUCUCAUGAAAGAGAUCUUUCUUCAUAAAAUGCAUGGGCCUAUUAAAUGGAAUAAAGCAAAGAGAGAUGGGAAAGGUAUAAAAGGAACAACAGAUAGCUCUGAAAAGACUCCCUUUAAACAGCUGGAUCAUCUUGCUUGGGAUUACCAUUAUACUGCAGAGAUACCAAAAGAUAAAUGGAAAUCCAAAGAGAAGUCACUAGAAGUUACAUCUGUUAAGAAAGAGAACACCAUUUUUUCUCUGAACCCUCAUGAAAACAAUCGUUCAGUAGAGGCAAACAAGAAACAAAAUUGGCCCCAAAGAGAAGCCCCUUGGGUAAAGCCAGGUCAGACUCAAAGUUUGUACUCUCAAAACCCGCCAGUCUUGAAACGACAUCAAAGGGAACUCAGUGCUCUUCAGUCAGAACAAGAAGCCACUGACUAUGAUGAUGGCUUCACUGUUGAAACAAAUGAGGAUUUUGACAUUUAUGGUGAGGAUAUAAAGCAGGAUCCCCGCAGCUUUCAACAGAAGACAAGACACUAUUUUAUUGCAGCUGUGGAACGGCUCUGGGACUAUGGAAUAAGUGAAUCUCCUCAUGCUCUACGAAAUAGGGAUCAAGAUGGCAAUGCACCUCAGUUCAAGAAAGUAGUUUUUCAGGAAUUUACUGAUGGCUCCUUUAGUAAACCCUUAUACGGUGGAGAACUAAAUGAACAUUUAGGGUUGUUGGGGCCAUAUAUAAGAGCAGAAGUUGAAGACAACAUUAUGGUAACUUUUAAAAACCAGGCCUCUCGUCCCUACUCCUUCUAUUCUAGCCUCAUUUCUUAUAAUGAAGAUCAGAGAGAUGGAGAAAAACCUAGAAGAAACUUUGUCAAGCCUAAUGAAACUAAAGUUUAUUUUUGGAAAAUACAACAUCAUAUGGCACCCACAGAAGAUGAGUUUGAAUGCAAGGCCUGGGCUUAUUUCUCUGAUGUGGAUCUUGAAAGGGAUAUGCACUCAGGAUUGAUUGGACCCAUUCUGAUUUGCCGCACAAACACAUUGAGUCCUGCUUAUGGGAGACAAGUGGCAGUACAGGAAUUUGCUCUGUUUUUCACUAUCUUUGAUGAAACCAAGAGCUGGUAUUUCACUGAAAAUGUGGAAAGGAACUGCAAGACAUCCUGCAAUAUCCAGAUGGAAGACCCCACUUUAAAAGAGAAUUAUCGCUUUCAUGCAAUCAAUGGUUAUGUGAUGGAUACUCUACCAGGCUUAGUAAUGGCUCAGAAUCAAAGGAUUCGAUGGUAUCUUCUCAGCAUGGGCAGCAAUGAGAACAUCCAGUCUGUUCAUUUCAGUGGACAUGUGUUCACUGUACGGAAAAAAGAAGAGUACAAAAUGGCAGUGUACAACCUCUAUCCAGGUGUUUUUGAGACAGUGGAAAUGCUACCAUCCAGAGCUGGAAUUUGGCGAGUAGAAUGUCUUAUUGGCGAGCAUUUACAGGCUGGGAUGAGCACUCUUUUUCUGGUGUACAGCAAGGAGUGCCAAAUUCCUCUGGGAAUGGCUUCUGGAAACAUCAGAGAUUUUCAGAUUACAGCUUCAGGACACUAUGGACAGUGGGCCCCAAACCUGGCAAGACUUCAUCGUUCUGGAUCAAUCAAUGCCUGGAGUACCAAAGAUUCCAUUUCUUGGAUUAAGGUAGAUCUGUUGACACCUAUGAUUAUUCAUGGCAUCAAGACUCAGGGUGCUCGUCAGAAAAUUUCCAGCCUUUACAUCUCUCAAUUUAUCAUCAUGUAUAGUCUUGAUGGGAAGAAGUGGCUGAGUUAUCGAGGACAUUCCACUGGAACCUUAAUGGUCUUCUUUGGCAAUGUGGAUUCAUCUGGGAUUAAGCACAAUAGUUUUAAUCCUCCAAUUAUUGCUCGGUAUAUUCGUUUGCACCCCACUCAUUCUAGCAUCCGCAGUACUCUUCGCAUGGAGUUAAUCGGCUGUGAUUUAAACAGUUGCAGCAUACCAUUGGGAAUGGAGAGCAAAGUAAUAUCAGAUACACAAAUUACUGCCUCAUCCUAUUUCACCAAUAUGUUUUCCACUUGGCUUCCUUCACAAGCUCGACUUAACCUCCAGGGAAGGACUAAUGCCUGGCGACCUCGGGUGAAUGAUCCAAAAGAAUGGUUGCAAGUGGACUUAAAAAAGACAAUGAAAGUUACUGGAAUAAUAACCCAGGGAGUGAAAUCUCUCUUUACCAGCAUGUUUGUGAAAGAGUUCCUUAUUUCCAGCAGUCAAGACAGCCAUCACUGGACUCGAAUUUUACAGAAUGGCAAAGUAAAGAUUUUUCGGGGGAAUCAGGACUCGUCCACACCUAUGGUGAAUUCUCUAGACCCACCAUUACUCACUCGUUAUCUUCGAAUUCACCCCCAGGUCUGGGAGAACCAAAUUGCCCUAAGGCUUGAGAUUCUGGGAUGUGAGGCCCAGCAGCUAUACUGAGGUAGUCUUUGCAUCCUCAGGUAUAGGACUGUCUCAGUCAGUGUUUUAUUGCUGUGAAGAGACACCAUGACCAUGGAAACUGUUAUAAAAGAAACCAUUUGUGUAAUUAAUAAAAAAAAAUAAAAGA